CCAUUAGAGAGCCGUGCUGAGACAUCAUCUGAAUCUGCUCCUCCGCACAGUAAAACGGCCGUGCCUGUUAACAAGACAAAUGUUCCCUGUUACUUCUAUUUCAAUAGCUAUUGCAAUAAAGGUGAAAGAUGCUCAUUUAUGCAUGGACCUGAUGAUGGUACAACUGCAUGGAGAUCCUCAAAAAUAGCAUCUGGAGUACCUGAUGGACCAACAGCUGAGAAAAAGACAUCUGCAGGAAGUGAAACUGGUCCUGCAUCAGCACAGAAGCACUCUAAUUCCUCUGAAACUGGGUCCAAGGCAGCAGCACAUGAAUAUAUCAAGUCAAAAGUGGAUCUUCAUUCGAUGAGUAACAAUGUUGGUGAGGAGAGUGCUUCUCGUGAGACUUCAGCAUCUCCUUCUGAAGAAGCUACUGCAGUAAGGUUAAAUUCGUUGGUCCCUGCUGAAGGCUUUGCCCAAGGAGGAUCCGAUUUGUCCCCCAACGGGAGCUCAGACGAAGAAGUGGAGGACAAUGCGGAGAGAGAGGAGUGGUUGGAAUCGUCUCCUGGUUUUGAUAUUCUUGUUGAUGAUAGGGUAGAAGGUUUAAGUCACGAAGAUAAUCACAGUUACCUACUGCAGCAUGAUAAGGAGCUUGAUGAGCGGUUUGCUGGAUAUGAUUUUGUGGACAACCUUGAGUAUGAUCCUGCAUAUCCAGACAUGAGAAUUGUUUCCGACGAAGAACUAGACAAUUCUUAUUAUAAUAAUGUUGAGAAUCAUGAAGUAAAUGAAUAUGCAAGAGAAAUCGUUAUCUCUGCUCAUGGAAGAAAGAGUGUACCACAUAAAUGUUAG